AUUGAAAAAGCAAUAAAAUAUUUGUCUUGCAAUAUUUACGGAAUGUUACACUAUGUUUUAAUUUUCAAAGUCUAGAAUUACUGUACUGCUAAAUAAUGACAACUUAAUCUUAAAAGUUCACGAUCUUUAUGGUCAAACUGCAUUCUGGGCUUAGAAGACGUUACCAACGAAACCCGAGGAUGUAAUGCCUUGCCGUUAGCAUAAAUUUUAAUUGAAAUAUUAUUAGAACUGAGUUAUAUAUUUCAAAAUCAAACAUUGCUAUCGGUAAGCAGCGGGAAUUGUUUGGAGAUUACAUAAAAGAAUGGUUUCGCGAAAGAACUGGAAAAAACUGUCGAUUUUACUAGCAAUAGUACUUGGAAUUAUUGUAUGUAGCUAUCUACAUUUUGGAAAGGAGGAGAGUACACAGCUGCGGUCAAAUAAUUUUCAGUAUGAUGUUUGGCCACCAUUUCUUAUCUUAUCCAACUACUCAAGGACAUGGCUUCAAAGUGCUUGUCUCUCAUUCAAGACAGAAUUUUCAGUUUCAAAUCUCAAAAGCAUCCUUUCCAGCUUGCAGAAGUCACCUGAUUUAAACUGCAGCUUGUUUUUCAAAAAAGCCCAUGCCUUGUACCAUGUGGAGAAAAGAGACCAUUCUUCUUUGUUACUUCCAAGGCCACUGCAAGAAAAAGUCAAAAAAUGGCUUGGAAAUAAAGAAUCUUUAUAUCAUGAAAUUUAUGAUCAGGAAGUAAUACACAUUGUCAAUCGCUAUACACGUGAACACACCAUUUUCAACCCUCUGCGAGACAAAAGACCUGUCCAAGCUUUAGAUCAGCCAGAAUCGCUAUACUUUUCUAAGCUUCUGAAUGAAACAGGAAUGGAAUGUGAUUUCUGCAAUUACAAGGAAUUUACUGCUGAGCAUACCUUUCACAGAGUAGAGAGCACAUAUGCUUUCUCUGCAUCUAAUGUGUUUAAAUUGGAUCCUUUGCAUGCCUUGUUUGCUUUAAAACAACAUGAUCCCCUCCAUUGGUCCAAGGAGCAGUUUAUAGACCUCAUGCAUCUGACACUGACUUGGUAUCGUAAGGCACAUUCAGUAUUUCCUCAAGCCCAGUAUCCUUCAUUGAUUUGGGAUGUUCUUCCAAAAUGUGGAGCAAGUCAGGUUCAUCCACAUAUGCAUGGAUUUUUAGACUCAAGACAGUAUCAUGGAGUGGUAGAGGCAUGGAGAAUGGCUGCUGAGGACUACUAUGUGCAUAGAGGAACAAAUUUUUAUACUGACAUGGCAGCUGUUGCCUCAGGGCUUGGACUGGCUGUAACCUAUAAAUCUGCUAUUGCAUUUGCUAGCCUGGUACCACGAAAAGAUCAUGAGGUUGUCAUUAUGUCCUCUUCAGCAGGAACAGAUUUUUUUGAACUGAUCUACUUCGUUUUAAGAGCUUUUAUUGAUGACCUUGGCAAGUUCUGCUACUCUAUGGGCUUAGCAUAUCCAGCAAUGGAUGAUAAAAAGGCUCAAAUUCCAGCUUAUGCCCGCAUCAUUACAAGAGGUGCUGUUACUGAAAUAAGAGCAGACAUUAGCUCCUUAGAACUUUUCACAGCUACAAAUGUCAACAUUGACCCAUUCAAGGUGAUUCAUUUUGUGAAAAACUCAGUUCUUAAAAGAAGCUAAUUUGUAAAAAUCUGGCUUAUGGCAAAGACCAUUUUUUUGGUUUCAGUAUCAAAGACUUUUUUACCACUAUCUUCUUAGACUGUAUAAAGUUAGAUGUGUGCUAAUUUAUUUGUUCCUAGUUAAAAUGCUUGUUGAAGGCUAACCCAAGUGAAGCACUACAUUAAACUCAAAGUUGCUUGAUCUGUUUCAGACAUUUUAUGUAAAUAUGCAUAGAACACAACAUAUGUCAUUGCUUGCUGUGCAAAAUGGUUCGGCUGCUGGAGUGCAAAACACUAUGCAAAAAAAUAACUUGUUCCCAACAGGCUGCCAUACUACUACAGGUUCUUCCUUGUAUAAAUAGAACAUGUCAUUACAUAAUUUUUUACUAUAAUAACAUUUUCUUCUAUGAAUACAGCAUGUGAAAAUGGAAGCACCUGCAUAAUUAUCAGAUUAAACAAUUUGCCACCAGGAGUACCUGGGGUACUCUCUGACACACCAUAGCCAUGAAUCUACAUAACUAGCAGUCAUAUUUUGCAUUCCAGAUCUAAAAGCAUAAUUUUACAAGGGUCUGUAAUAAAAGGGAAAAAAUUAAAUAGAGACAUUGCAAUCAUUAACUGCAUCAGUAAAAUUAAUCAAAUGCUUCAUUUGGUACUUGGUUUAGCCUUUAAAUGCAAAAUAAAUUAUUCUCUGGUACCUUAAUAUUGACUGUAAAAUAGAUCUGUUCACCAUAGCAGUUUGCCUACAUUUUUAGGAACUCUGGAUCUGCAUGUUAUACUUGUGAAAAUGUGAGCUGUGUGUUGGUUACAUGGGCCAGCUGCUAAGGCUAUCUAUAUUUAUAAAUCUUCAAUUAUUAUUUUAACAUGACAAUCUUCUGGUUAUGUGCUACAAACACAUAAGUGUACAUGGAUCUAUAUGUAGUAUAUUGUAUAGAUGUACACAUUUAAGAUAUUAAAUUGUGGAAGUGUUGGUGAUACUUUUAUAAUGCAA